GGUGUUCUCAGAGGCAGAAAGAGUCCGACUGGGGUGUGUGAGCCACAUCUGGAAUAGUAGCUACAGAGAAAGACUCGAGAGGAGCAGAACACCGCUGAUUCUUUCCCCAACUCUUCACUUCAGAACUCCCUUUCCACGGACACAAACCUCUCGCUUUGCCUUUUUUUUAUCUACUUGAAAAAAUGCUGCUCAUCCUGCUUGGAGUGCUCAUCUUGCACCUUAUCAUCCUCAUUCUUCUUAUUGUGUCAACAGCAGUCAGUACCUGGUCUGUAGAUUCGGAUGGCAGCACAAAUCUAUGGUACAAUUGCAUGGUAACUAAUGGAGGCUACCACUGCAAGCCAGCAAGCAAUGAAGACUGGAUCCAGGCAGUUCAGGCCCUGAUGAUACUGUCAAUACUCUUCUGCUUCUUCUCCCUCAUUGCCUUUUUGUAUCAGCUGUUCAGACUGGUCAAGGGCGGACGCUUCUUCUUCACCGCCAUCUUCCAGAUCUUUGCAAGUGUGUUUGUGAUGUGCGGAGCGAUUAUCUACACCGUGAUGAGUCCGGAUGAUAGAUCCGAUGCACAGUUCGGCUACGCUUACGUGCUGGCCUGGGUGGCGUUCCCUCUCUGUCUCGUCAGCGGCCUCAUUUAUAUCGUCCUGAGGAAGAAAGAAUGAGAGAUGGAGCAGAGGAGAAAAGAGGAGGGGUAGUAAGGAUUCCCCCUUUUACAACAACAUCGCACUGUGCCUACUGCCCACAGACCAUAGACUGACAUCCCAACAAUACAACAAAAGUGCAUGUGUCACUAACAAUUGUAAAUACUGACAUUUAUCACUGCUGGGGAUCUUUUUUAGCUGUAUUUUAGUCCGUUAGAUCACAUGCUGAAAAAUAUCACACCUAUUUGCUUUGUGAAUUUUAACAAAGGCUGAGUGUCAUCACACAUUCUCCUGUGGUGAUUUCAAAAUGUGUGUAUAAAUGUUGUUGGUGACAUACUGACUUUUGUUGCAUGCUUCCACAAAUCCAUCAUGCGUGAUAACAAAGACGAGUAAUCCUUCAGUACAAAGAUGUACAUAAUGUCUGUGGUUUUUAGACAUAUUUAUAACAUUUUUACAUACAUGUUGUACAUAGUGUUGUCAAGUUAACAUUUGUCAUGCUCAUUUACGUGAUAGAGUUCGUGUCUCUCACAAAUCAUGCAGCUGUGCCAAAGAGAUGUCGCUUCAACUGCCAGAGUAUCAAGUUUUUUUUUAAAUGUCUUUUUUUUUCAGUGUCCAAUGCUUUGAACCACGUGCCUUGCUCAGAAUAUCUGUGUUCUUCUUGAAGGAAAUGAGAACAUCCUCAGAAACUUAAAAAAUAACAUUAAGAAGUGUUAAUAAAUUCAUGAAGUUUUUUUGUUUUUUCUCCUGAAUUAUCAUUGUACUUGAUAUGCCAAAUAAAAAUAUAUUUUGCAUUUUGUAAUCUAGUUUUGAAAAAUGGUGCUUUAUAUCUACUAUUGUUGAAAUGUAUACUUUGUGUUGCAAGUGUGUCAUGUCCUGUGAUUAAUUUGCUUUGUGCAAACCAAAGUUUGCAUUUUUGUCAGUAUUCUUCUAAAUAAACCUUUUGAAAUUAAUUCUA